UUCCAUAAAUACCAAAAGAUAAAAAGACAGGUGGAAGGGACAAAGUGAAAAUUGAAAUCUUAGAACUCGUGUUUUUGCAUUUUAUGGUUUAGUAUGAUGUAUGUUCGGCUCAUAUUCGCUUUAUAUGCUCGAUUAAAAUGUAUAUGGUUGAUUAAAGUCUAUACAAUUUAAUCUGAAACCAAUUUAGAAUCGAAAAUUUUCAAAAUCAAUUCAAGACCAAAAAAUUUGAUUCCAUUCUCCAUUUAACCACAGUUCUAUUAGUUAAAUGGCCCUAACAAAGUACACAGGCAAUGAAUUGACAUAAAGUGAAGUAGAUUCAUCCGUGAGAUGGUUCACAAUAUAUUGGUAUCAGAUCGGCUGAAUUGGUCAGAUCAUAGAGAUAUUGGCCAGGAUCACCACCCAUUUUAUGAUCUCAUAUCGAUACAAACCAAGAGUAUAUCCAUCCAAUCAAUACAGAUCGAUCCUGAUUGGUAUCAACUGAGACCGAUAUUGAAUCACGUGUAUAAAAGCAUCCAAGGACAACCAAAUUAUGACUUGGUUAUAAGUUACCAUGCAACCACCACCAAUAGCUAUUUAUACAAAAGGAGCAUCACAUGGGCAUAGGCAUAGCUCAUCUUGGACCUUAAUUGCCUGUUUGUGUUUGUGAACAGAAACCACUUCAAAAGGAGUAUUAGAAUCUUCAAUUUCUCAAGCUCACCAACUCUUUUUGCCAUUUUUUUGAAACAUCCCUCUUGCAAUCCUGUACUCAGAAAACAACUACUAUAAAUCUUCCACAUGGAAACUUUAAAUUCAGUUCUGGGUAGUUACUAGUUACCAUUUGAUACAUCAGUACCUCACCAGACUCACCCACCCAUGGUUCAUGGCCAUGGCCAUCAUCUAUAUAUGCCUCCUGCCAAUCCCUGCAAUCUUCACAUUUCACUAAGGAUGGAAAUGCAGCAACCCUCUCUAAACCUGGCUCUUCUUCUAUCUCUGCUUGCUUCCCUCAUCUCUCAAAUAAUUCAAAAAGGCAUUGCAGCACCUUCCAAUUCCACAGUACCAGCAAUACUAGUGUUCGGAGAUUCGAUCGUGGAUACUGGCAACAACAACUAUAUACCCUCAGUGGCUAAGUGCAAUUUUCCUCCUUAUGGCAGAGAUUUCAUGGGAGGAAUCCCAACUGGUAGGUUCAGCAAUGGAAAGGUCCCCUCUGACCUCAUAGCUGAAGGAUUGGGGAUUAAGGAGCUGUUGCCGCCAUAUUUAGACCCAACUCUCAACCUGCAAGACCUCCUCACUGGCGUAAACUUUGCCUCAGGUGGUGGAGGUUAUGAUCCUCUCACAUCGAAUGUAGCGACGGCUAUGCCAUUAAAGGCGCAGUUCAAGAUGUUUGAAGAUUAUGUAGAGAAGGUGAAGAGUGGGAUUGGUGAGGAGAAAAGCAGGAGAAUUGUAUCAGAAAGCCUAUAUGUGGUGUGUACAGGGACCAAUGACAUUUCAACUACUUACUUCCCUACUCCUCUUAGGAAACUGCACUACAACAUAUCCUCUUACACUGAUCUUAUGCUCCAAUUUGCUUCUACUUUCAUUCAGGAACUGUACAGAGUAGGAGCACGAAAGAUUGCUGUUAUUAGCCUCCCACCAAUUGGAUGUGUGCCAUCCCAGAGAACAUUAGGAGGGGGAAAAGAUAGAUUAUGUGUAGAAAAUUACAACAAAGUAGCCAUGCACUUCAACUCUAAGCUGUCCUCCCAACUAAAUUUGCUAAAUAAUAAGCUCCCACAAUCGACAUUACUCUACAUCGAUAUCUACAAACCUGUGCUUGAUCUCAUCCAAAAUCCUUACACAUAUGGAUUUGAAGUGGCAACUAAAGGAUGCUGUGGCACUGGAGAAAUAGAAGCAGCAAAUAUGCUGUGCGAUGGAAACCCAUUUACAUGUUCAGACACCUCCAAGUACAUAUUCUGGGACAGUUACCAUCCCACAGAGAAAGCUUACAAGGUCAUCAACAAUCCAAUUGUCAAAUACCUCAACAGCCACUUAUGAAGCACAUCCUGUUACUGUUGGAAUUUAAGUUUCAAACUAUGGUUAAAUUUGUCUUUUCAAAUGGUCCUUUUGAAAUUUCAGCUUUCCCUCCCAAGAUUGUUUUUUCUAUUUUGUUUUAGCACUUGUGGAGUUGUAAUGAGCUAAAACUUCUCACAAAGUUUAGUCCCACGUUGGUUAGAGAUGAAAGAAAACUUGGACAUAUAUAUGAGAAUGUUUGUUAAAGGUGCAAA